AUGACGGUGACCACUAACUUCUCGAUGAUGCGACCUUGCUUCACUGGAUACCCCUUUCAAGAUUUGGGAUCGAUACCAGGUCAGGGACGCGUCAAUCAGCUCGGCGGUGUUUUCAUAAAUGGACGACCGCUGCCGAAUCAUAUUCGUCUGAAAAUCGUCGAGAUGGCUGCUGCCGGUGUCAGACCGUGCGUCAUUUCCAGACAAUUGAGGGUGUCUCACGGAUGCGUCUCGAAGAUUCUGAACCGGUACCAAGAGACCGGAAGUAUUAGGCCGGGUGUGAUCGGUGGCAGCAAGCCUAGAGUAGCCACGCCGGAAGUCGAGGCGAGGAUCGAAGAGUACAAACGCGACAAUCCGGGUAUUUUCUCGUGGGAAAUACGAGACAGGUUGAUCAAAGAGGGGAUCUGCGACAGAACAAGUGCUCCCAGUGUCUCCGCGAUCUCCAGGCUGCUCAGAGGUCGUGAUCCUGAAGAUGAGGCUAAGCUUGGCGACGGCAAGACCAGUUCCGGAUCCGACUGUGAGAGCGAGCCAGGGAUUCCCCUGAAAAGAAAGCAACGCCGAAGCAGAACAACCUUCACCGCUCAUCAAUUGGACGAAUUAGAGCGAGCAUUCGAGAGAACCCAGUACCCAGACAUCUACACCAGGGAGGAAUUGGCCCAGAGGACGAAACUGACAGAGGCUAGGAUCCAAGUGUGGUUCAGCAAUCGACGCGCGAGGCUUAGGAAACAGUUGUCCUCAACCACUUCCGGUGGUUACGUUAGCUCUGUCGCCUAUCCAGCAGCCUCCUACGUUCUUCAUCCCCCUGCUGCGCCACAUCCACACGCAGCAACCGCUGUUCCACCGAGUCAUCCCCAUCCUCAUCCUCAUGGACAGCCUCUGCCUGACACCACUUUUUCGCCCAGUCAAGUUCCUGAGCUGUACACCUCGCACCACGCCGCGAUGUCGCACCAGCUGACACCAGAUUCGACUCGCCUACCAACGUCCGUCGGAUCCACGCCGACUUACGGCCUUCCAACGUCAGUAACCUACCCCAGUUCCCUCUUACCAGCCACGUCCUCGACAAGCACCAGUCACAUGAGUCACCAAGUGUCUCCAGUCGCCGCCUCUUCUUCUACCUAUCAGCAAGCAAGCAGUCAUCAACUUCCUCCGACGCCGAAUUCUUUGGUCACCAUGAUGGGCCCGAAUUCAGGAAACUCGAAUCCACCGUCAGAUCAACUGACCCCUUCAGAUCUGCCGAUCAGUUCGGUCUCACCUGUCCAGCAACAGCAGCAACAACAACAAGCGAGCCAAGGGAACUCCUCGCCAUCUUGGAAUCUGCCAAUUUCCAGCGGUGGAAGAGUCGGGCUUCCGAGUCCGCCGAGUCUUCAACAGCCGCACGCGCACGCUGCUCAUCCUCAUCAAGCGUUCGCCAGCCAUUACGGCGCUCAAGGCUUCCAGCAACCGCCCAGACCAGCUCCUCACCAACCUUUUUACAGUUGGUACUGA